GUGACCUGAAUGUCUUGAUAGAAGACCACCCCAGGCUUGUGUCUCAAUUGCUCCAUAUAUAAAGGGGCGUACGAAUGGUGGAAGUGUACUGACCGCGACCCGCAGAUGCUAACGUCGUGGACGUUGGCCUAUUUUGAUUGGGCCUUCAGGAAAGAAUAUAUACUAGCCCGCAUCUGGGAAAAGAAGCGUACAGAGUUCAUGGAACUAAAGAAGGGGAACAUGACUCUUGCUGAGCUACAACAAAAGUUUGAGCACCUGGCUUUGUUUGCACCUACGCUGGUAUCCACACCAGCAGAUCGGAUUGAGGAGUUCCAAAAGUGGCUACGCCCUUACGUUUGGCCGUAUGUGUCCAUAAUGACCACUACUGACUUCUUCGAGGCAUACGACCUAAUGGCGAAGGCUGAGAAGGACGUGGAUGAUCUUAUGGCAAGCUUGAGUGCCGGAGAGGCUAGACCAAGCCACCGACCAACAGCCAGUGCGGCCAGAGACCAUUUGGGGGGGGGUACUAAGGGAAUAGGUGAAGGACAAUCAACCACACCGCCACCUCUUUUUGAUGGAACCAAUUAUACAUAUUGGAAGGAACGAAUGAGAAUCUAUAUUCGUUCCACGAACUUCCAAUUAUGGUUGGUUAUCAAAAACGGGGAAGAGGUGCCAAUGAAGAAAUUCGGAGAUAAGUUGAUCCCCAAGACCGAAGACGAAUUUGAUGCCGAAGACAUCAAGAAAGUAGAAAACUAUGCAAAGGCAUUUAACAUGAUCUACUGCGCAGUCAAUCCCGAUGACUACCGCAAGAUCUCCUGCUACUCAACCGCCAAGGAGAUGUGGGAUAAGCUCGAGGUGACGUACGAAGGAAUGGACCAAGUACGUGAAGCCAAGAUCGACUUCCUCACCCAAGAGUAUGAGAUGUUCAGGAUGAAGGAGCACAAGAAGAUUGACGAUAUGUUCGGCCGUUUCUCCAAGAUAGUCAACGAUCUUCAUGCAUUAAAGAAGACGUACACCGACAGGGGUCUUGUGCGAAAGAUCCUACGGAGCUUGACAUCCGAAUGGCGAUCCAAGGCCGAUGCCAUCUAUGAAUCAAUCGGCACAUCAAAUGUCACCAUCGACGGCCUAAGAGGUAAUCUAAAAACCUAUGAAUCGACUAUUCUUAAUCCGUCUUUGAAUGACCAAAGGAAAGGGAUAGCACUAAAAGCCGUCAAAGAAUCAAUGAUGGAUGAUUCAAGUGAUGAUGAUGAAGUCAAGCUUGUCAUGAAGAAGUUCUGCAAACUUCUAAGAAAGAAAGAAAAGGUUGAGGAUGGCCCUGUGUGCUAUGGAUGUGGAGAAGCCGGGCACAUCAAGAACAAAUGCCCGAAAAGCGGAAGGAAUGCUCGACACUUCAAAAGGCAAAGGGCGUAUAUCUCUUGGGGUGGAGACUCCGGCGACGAGUCAACCGACCAAGAUGAGGAUGAAGCUGCCAACCUCUGUCUCAUGGCACACGAAGACCAAACCGACGAUGUACAAGAGCCAAUCUUUCUUAAGAAACGCUUCAAUUAUGGCCGGAGGAAAGUCCAAGAGCAAAGCUUCCAAGAAGAAGGUCACUACCGAGGCCACAACCUCUGCGCCUCAACCCUUUCCGUACCUGGACGGAUCCUUUCUCAACAAAAAGGGUACCACGACCUCGACAAUCAACUCAAGGAGUCGGGUUUGUGGCCCUUCGUCUCCAAGAGCCGCACCUCCUUCAAUCCCGCCUAUGUCCGGGCCUUCUACUCCAAUCUCUACCGGGACGGGGAUACCAUCCGCAGUAGCAUCAAUCUCUAUGACAUAGAGGUUGACUUGGCUACUUUUGCUCGGGUUGCAGGGCUGCCCACCCGCGGUGACGACAUCGCGACAUAUGGUGGCGAUGAUUGGAUUCUCAACAACGAGGCGGUGGUCAUCCAAGGGCUUGGAAUCACCAACCUCAUCUGUCACAGCGGCGCACCAACCAUCCACUCAGCCCCGCCGGAAAAGCGUCUCCUACUCUACAUCCUCACCCGGAUUCUUCGCCCCCGGGACAGUAGCCACACCUCUCUCUCCAACGAGGAUCUCAAGGCGAUUCAUGCUAUCAUCCAUUGCGCCUCCAUCACCACCGAGCGGAGCUUGCCAUACGCCUUCCUCGUCAUGGAUCUCAUUGUUGCCUCCGACAUCCACAUCGCCGGCCCGGAUACGAAGAUGACGAAGCUUUGGAUCAUCCAAGACAGCACCUUCCGGAAGAUAUCCGGUGACAGAACCGGCGCAGGACCAAGUCGGCCACCAGCCCCCGCUCCCGCCAAGGCCUCCUUACAGUCGAUAGCCGAUACCCUGAAUCGGCUAACCAUCACCGUAGACGGCAUGGGCCAAUACUUGGAGCGGAUGGAUAGCACGCUGCAACGCCAACACCACGACAUCAGGGCGUUCUUCCGCGGCAUCAACUACGUCCCGCCGCCCUUUGACAGCACCUUCCUUGGCCAAAACUAUGAAGGCGAGGACGAGGAGUAUAACUCCUAGGCUCCGUCCUCCUCCCCCGACGAGGCCGACUUUGAGGACGCG